AUGGCUCGUCUGUGGGAACUGGAAGAGCGCUCGGAGGUACAGCGGUUCCAGCACAGCGCGGAGCUGAACGGUGUGGCAGCAUCUCCGGAACCGGGCAUCUUCGCGUCGGCUUGCAGCGACCGCUCCAUCAGCCUCUGGCGUGUCGGCUCCACGGAGACGAGUUGUCAACUGCUAGGGCAUAUGGGCCAGGUGUACUCGGUCGAUUUCUGUCCGGCUGGCUCUGCGCUGCUGUCAGCGUCUGGAGAUGCUACCGCGCGCCUCUGGGACCUCGCUUCCGAACAGGAGCUCUUGUGCCUGAGAGGACACAUGCGUGACGUGAACUCCGCCGCCGUCUCUCCGGACGGGCGGGUCUUUGCAACAGGCUCCGACGACUACAGCUUCGCUGUGUGGGACCGUGCGUCUGGCAAGAUGAUGCAGCAUUGGGACGGGCGACGCGGAGACGGGCAUUCAGGUAGAGUCUACUCCGUAGCCUUCUCACCUGAUGGCCUCUACCUUGCCACUGGUGCAGUUGACAAGAAGGCCAAGGUGUGGGACACGCGUACUGGUGCCUGUCUCCGCUGCUACAGUGGCCACACAGAUCUCGUCAAUGCAGUCACCUUUUCUCCGGAUGGGAAGCUGCUAGCGUCGGCAUCGGAUGACUUCACGUCUCAUGUCUGGACUGCAGAUACGUCACAGGGUCGCAUAGCUUCCUACAAGCAAGAUGCUGAGGUGCUAACGCUGUCGUUUUCAGGAAAUGGCCAGACCCUGGCUACGGGUUCCAUGACCGGAGCCAUCUGUCUUUGGGAUCUUAGUUCGCACGAGGAGGUUGGAUGCUUUGGUGUCUGCCAGGAUCGCGAGAAACCCACGAGGUACGACAGGGUCACAUCGUUGUGUUUCCCACCUACUUAA